AUGGACGCCCAGCAGUCUUCUUACACCUUCUCUAACCCUGCCAUGACGGCCACCCCGCUCGACUUUUCCAUGCUCACUCCUCCGGCGAGCGACAUCCCCACAACCAUCAAGAUGGAGGAUCUGCACUCAGCACCCAGCCCGGCCGCCGUCCCCGAGGCCGCCGCCGCCACCCCGGCUCCCUCAUCCACAAGCACAUCAUCAACCACACAAAAACAAGCACCCAAGAAGCGCAAGUCAUGGGGCCAGGUACUCCCCGAGCCCAAGACCAAUCUGCCGCCGCGCAAGCGCGCCAAGACGGCCGACGAGAAGGAGCAGCGCCGCAUCGAGCGUGUCAAGCGCAACCGCCUCGCCGCCCACAACUCGCGGGAACGCAAGCGCGAGGAGAUGGAGAAGCUUACCACCGAGCGUGAUCGCUGCAAAGCCUCGCUCGAGCGCUUCUUCACCUACACGCAGCAGCUCGAGGAGCAGCUCUCGUGGUACCGCGCCCGCGCCACCGAGCAGCUCCCCGUCCUGCCUCGCAUCGUCGACGGCAUCGAGAUGCCCGACACCAUCUUCGACAGCCCGGCCUCGUCGCCGGCCCCGACGUCUGCCCCCACGGCCGUCCCCACUUCGACCCCCACCAUCAUCACCACAUCAGCCGACAACGCCGCCACCGAGCGCGAAGGCUCCGUCGCCAGCACCACAAUCAACCCCCGCGAGGCCUCCUUCACCAGCCCCGCCAUGAACGCCGAAUCAUCCUUCGGCAGCCCUGCGAUGAACAACUCAUCCUACGCCAGCCCCGAGUCGAUGGAAGACUACGACUCGCCCAUCAACUCCAGCUCCCAGCCCCCCACGCCCCGGAACGACGAACUGAGCUUUGUUGAGCCCGACCAGACACAACAUUCUGCAGCAAUGUUGUGCGACCUGCAGUGUCGGUCGGCCCGCAGCUUGGCUUCCAAGGGCAGCUUCUUCGACGCCUCUUUCCCCUCAGACUCCGUGGGAUCCCUCGGCUUUUUUGAGCACUCUGCUGCAAAGUCUUAUGACCUGCACGCCGACUCAGGCGCAACAGUUUCUGUUAGCGACGGGCCUGGCACCGCUGCGUAA